AUGACAUCCCCGUCCUUCCAAGCCCGGCUCCGCGCCGCCAUCCCAGACGGGUCCGACCCCCCCACACUUCCAUCCCGGGCCUCCCUCGCCGCCGCAUCGGCUUCUCUACCCCGCCGACCAUCAUCUCACAGCACGGGUGCCAGCACCGGUGCCAGCGCAAAGGGAGAGGAGAAAGACAAUGAUGGAACCUACCUCGCCCCCCUCGGCACCGAAGCAACCCUAACCCACAUCCUGACGGACAUCGUCCCCGCCCUCAACGGCCAGGCGCGCAGCGGACGGUACUACGGCUUCGUCACCGGCGGGACCCUCCCCGUCGCCGAGGCGGCUGACAAUAUCGUCUCGGCGCUGGAUCAGAAUGUGCAGGUGCAUUUACCGGAGCAGACCGUCGCUACGGAGGUGGAGAGCGUUGCGUUGGGGAUGCUUGCUGACGUGUUGGGGCUCGAGGACGGAAGCGGCGGCGGUGAAGGAGGGGUGUGGAAGGGGAAGACGUUCACCACCGGCGCGACGGCAAGUAACAUCCUCGGCCUCGCGUGCGGGAGGGAAUAUGUGAUUGCGAAACGGGGCGGGAAUGUAGGAGAGCAAGGGCUGUUGGGCGCGUGUGUGAGUGCCGGGGUGAAGGGGGUGAGGGUGUUGACGAGCAUGGGGCACAGUUCGCUUUCCAAAGCGGCGAGCGUGGUGGGCGUCGGGAGAGCCAAUGUUGCAGAGUUGCCGCUGAGUGCUGACGAACCGUGGAGGUUGGAUUUGGAGGGUGUGGAGAGGGUGUUGCGGGAGGGAGAGGAGGAUGGGGUGGUGAGUAUCAUUGCGGUGAGCGCGGGCGAGGUGAAUACGGGAAGGUUUGCGACGGGGGGAAAGGGGGAGAUGGAGAGGUUGAGGGGGUUGGCUGAUCGGUUUGGGGCGUGGAUUCAUGUCGAUGGUGCUUUUGGUAUCUUUGCGAGGGCUCUCGAGGCGAAGCCCGAGUUUGCAAAGAUUCGAGAGAUGGCUUCGGGGCUGGAACUCGCGGACAGCAUCACCGUGGACGGACACAAGCUUCUGAACGUGCCCUACGACUGCGGUAUGUUCUUCUGCCGCUCCCUCGCAACCCAAACAGCCGUCUUCACGAACCCAAACGCAGCCUACCUCUCCUCGGCCGGCGCCUCCGCCAUCCCCUCACCCUUGAACAUCGGCCUCGAGAACUCACGCCGCUUCCGGGCGUUACCGGCCUACGCCGUCCUCCGGUCCGAAGGGCGGAGAGGGCUGGCGGCGAUCCUGGGCCGCAUGGUUGUGCUUGCGCGGAAGUUGGCGGUGUGGAUACGAGCUUCGAAGGCGUAUGAGCUGCUUCCCGAGGGGGCAUGGGAUAUCGAGGGGAUGACGCAUAUGGUUGUGCUGUUUCGCGCGAGAGAUGAGGGAUUGAAUGAGGAGCUUGUGGGGAGGAUCAAUGGCACGAGGGAGGUGUAUGUUAGCGGGACGAGUUGGAAGGGGAGGAAGGCUGUAAGGGUUGCUGUUGGCAGUUGGAGGGUUGAUGUUGAGAGGGAUUUUGAGGUUGUGACGAGGGUUUUGGGGGAUAUUGCUAAGGCGUGGGCGAGGGAGUGA